AAAUUAAUUUUUAAUAUUUCCUUCGCCUUUGCGAACUUCCCUUCCUCCUCCUCUUCCUUACCUUCCCACCAUCCCCAAAACCCCAACAACUCUCCAUUUUUUUCCGCAGCACCAUGCCCGACCCGGAAGACCCAACAAAACCCACUUCCCAAAAUGCCCUCCGGACCCCUCAGAAUUACCCCGUGCCACUGUCUCCUCCUCCGCCUCCCGUCUCGAAGGACGUAGAGCUUAGCAGAGCCAUGUCCGCGUCUUCAAAAUCCAGUCUUUUCUCCAUAUCCAGAAACGACUUCGUUUUUGAAGACGAAUGUCUCGUCGCCGUCAACAAGCCUCAGGGAAUCUACUGCGAGAGUGUGUUCGACUCGGUCCGGAAGGUUCUCAGUGACUCGUCUGAGCCAGGUCAACUCGAGACUGAAGCAAGCCCACCAGAGCUCCAUCUUGCGAACCGCCUUGAUCGUGACACCAGUGGACUAAUGCUUAUCACCAAGUCACAUAAAGUAGCGUCCAAGCUUGUGAAGGCGUUUACAACUCACAAGGUUUCCAAAACAUAUAUUGCGUUUUGUGUAGGAUCAGCUCCAAAGUGGGAAAAUAUCACCAUUAAAUCAGGCCAUGGAAGGUCAAAGUUCGGGGCCUGGCGUGUGUAUGCUGCAUCAGAUGUGGGCAGGACGCUUCCAGGUGGGUCGGUUGUAAGAGACAUGGAAACCUCAUUCGAAGUGUUGUCGGUAAAUGGACAAAGGGUUUCCAAAGAGCCUUCUGAAUUUAGAAAAGAUGGGAAUAAUGUCUUAAUAGUUGAAGAGAAAGCUUUAAUAGAUAGAGAUGGAAAGAAGGAUGAGAUUUUGGUAAGAGCUCGUCCUAAAAGUGGAAGAUCACAUCAAAUCCGCCUGCAUUGCCAGUACCUUGGAAUUUCCUUAAGAGGGGAUGUCAAAUAUGAGGGUGUCUCCCAGUGGAAAGGGAAAACUUACAAUGGUCAUGAACUUCAUGCCGAGAGCUUGUCGUUUGAGCACCCUAUUACCAGCCUUCCAGUUGUGCUUAGCACGCCUCUGCCGAUGUGGGCGAGCCAGGUAACACAGCAAUGAUCAUGUAUAGCCAUUUGUUACACUUGAAAAACAUUUGGCCCGCUGUUGCUUUCCGACCAUAAAUCUCUGCCAGAAAAUGUGGUCUGAUUCCUUGUAUUUGGGGCAUCACUAUAUGAAGUAUGAAGUUGAUUCAAGUUGGUGAUUUCUCAAGUGCUAGAUGUUACUCUGAGAAAAGGCUUGCAGCUACAUGAUAUUUUUCUAUUUCCCCGGCAGGACGGUGUCAAAAAACCAACAGACACUGACAGUUGUGCUGCAGCCCAUCUCUCAGCAGAUUUAGAAUGGUUAUAGAUUUCCUCUAGGACAUAAAUUGUUCUUUUGGAUUAUAUGGAGGAAGAAGCAGAAUAUGAUAUCUUGCGUAAAAGAAUGACAAAAACACGUCAUGAAUAUGAUGAGGUAAUACGGAUGUAACAAGGUGCCGUGAUGCAACUAUUGAGUUAUAUUUGCCUAGUAUUUCGCUUUAGGAAGUUAUUAGACUUUGUUUGAUGUUGACUAUGACAAUUUUUGCAUAAAGCAUUA